AUGCUCUUACAAGGAUUGCAAGCGACAAACCACAAACGAAAGAAGAAGAAAGAAUCAAACAAAAAACACGGACCCUAUUACCCAAAGCCUAAGAAGCCUUGGAAGAAGGAAAACAGGAAAUGA